AUAAAAGCCUCAGUUCGUGACAUUUAUGGGCCUGAGUGUGGCCUGCCUUUUUAUUUUUCUUUCUUUUCACUCUCUACCAUUUCCCUCGCAGCUAGCUUGUUUUGGCGCAAAGCGAGCGCGAUUUGGCGCCAAAUCCCGCCGACCCGCGCCGCUUAUUCUCCCUCCCGCUCGCUCGCGAAUCCCAUUCAGACUGCGACUCUUCUGAGAGAGAGAGAGAGAGAGCGCCGCCGCCGCCGCCGCGCCUAAGCCAAGCAUUAACAUAGGGCCAGGCCAUGCCCACCCAGCGCUCCCCCCACCUCACCUCUCGCCGCCACGCUGAGCUCCUCCGCCAUCUCCUCCAAGAUGGCGGCGCCGCCGUCAAGGACCUCCGCCUCCGUCGUGUGGUCCCGCUCGCCUCCGCGCCCCUAUACGACUCCUCCCUCGAUGGCGCCGCUGCCAAGCCCGGAUCUGCCGAGGCCACGCCGGGGCCGCCAGAGGCCCAAGACCGGGAGCGCAAGCCGGCGGCGGUAGUCCAGCGGUCCAAGCUCGUGCGCGCCCCGUCCUCCUUCGGCUACCGCCGCUUGCUGCCAUUCCUCAACGAGCUGACCAACCAAGAAUCAGAAAGCCCACCUGGCAAGGACAACACUAAGACGGAGGAGUUCCGAACUUCUCCUUUCCAUUCAGUUGAUGCCGAUUCUGAAGCUGAAGCUGAAGCCUGUCCUGUCAAAGAAGAAAUCAACACUGUCCCUGCUCAUCUGCCAAGCAGCAAAAUGUGCCUUUCCCGGUGUCAGAGUUCAAGGUUUGUUCACCAUCCCAGCUCAUUUAGCUACAAGAGGAUGCUGCCAUUUCUCAUAGAGAACGAUAUCUCUUCUCAGGAAGGUCACAGGACCAAAAUUCCAAGACUCGUGCAAGAAAAGCAAUCUUCGACAGAUGAGGAUGAUAAAAUCUUGACCAGCAUACAGCAUCAUUUUACUAUGUCAGGAAGCUCUGCUGAUGAAUGCAAAACAGCUCAAGGCAAAAGAUCAGUGGAAGAACAACAAUCAAGAUUGGGCGUGGCUUAUCUACCUGAUGGAAGCCUGCUUCAGCCUGCUGUUUCUGAAGCCUCUCAUCUACAAGCGAGUACAGUUGAAGUGCGAAAACUCGCAGAGGAAAGAGUGGUGGCUUCUGAUGUAUAUCUCCUAUCUUCAGACAAAGGUGAAUUCACAUUGAAAUGGAAUGACGGCCUGCCUGCUGGACUGCAUCAGUUUGCUGUUUCAGAAGAUUUUCCUGAAGAAAGCAACAAAACAGAAGUUGAAACAAUAUUAGAAGAGAAUGAAUCAGUACCAGAUGGAAAUUCUGUUCUUGAUGGUGGACAGCUUCAUGUUUAUGAUUCAAAAGCCUCUCCUCCAGAAGGCACAGCUCAAAUGCAGAAGGCCACACAAAAGCAAACAGUUACUUCAGAUGGUGAUGAGGGGAACACUCUACCCUCAUGCAAGCAUGGAUUUCUUGCUAAAGAGCAGCCUCUUCAUGUUAUAGAGGAAUUGCCAAUAAAAGGCAAUGCUGAAUGCUAUGAGGUACAGCAAAGCCAAAGCUCAGAAUUGGGAUCUUCUGAUGUUUGUUUUGGUGGUCCUACCAAGGUAGUAAUACCAUCAGGGAAUUGCCACGGUGCAUUAGAGCAAUCUGAUUCUAUGGUUUCUCUAGAUGAACCAUUGCUUGAUGCGGAGAUGACAUGCAUUCCUUUGCACCCUUGUGCUACUGGUGCGCCCGUGCCCUACUCGGUGGAGGAAGCGCCUGCUGGUGUUCUGUACACAUCUGACCAUUGUUCCACUGGUGCACCCUUAUCAUCGGAAGAAAUAACUGUUUCCAGUUCUGUUGUGUACAAUGAGCCAGCGUCAAUCAAAGUGAGCCCAUUAAGGCAAAGAGGUGCCCCAUGUUUGGAAAAACGAUGCCUCUCCCCUAAGAAACUUUCACCAAAGAAAGGAAUCCUCAAGAGAAAUACAAGGGGAUGCAAGGGAAUCUGCAUGUGCUUGGACUGCAGCACAUUCCGUUUACGUGCCGACCGAGCUUUCGAGUUCUCUAGGAAGCAGAUGCAGGAGGCAGAUGAUAUAAUAGAUAACUUACUGAAGGAGGUGUCAAGUCUUAGGAAUCUCAUGGAGAAAUCUGCUGGCCAGGAGCCAACGCAAACAGCCUGUCGACGGGCUGCACAGGUAGAGGAGGUGGCCCGAGAGCGUCGUAGGCAGAUGUUCAUGGAGCUCAACUCGCACUGCAGAAUCCCUGGACCAAGGGUUAAAUUUGCACAAUAUCUUGAAGAGAGGAUGUCGUCGUCACCAUCAUCUGGCAACGGUAGGAGCAGAUAAACUGGGGAGACGGGUGGGCCUAAAGCCUGUUAAUCCAGCUUCUGAAUUUCUACCUGGUUUCUUGUGCAAUACAAUGCAAUGCUUGUAUUAGUAUGUAGAGGGUGGGUGUUCCAUUGUCGUGAAGAAAGGAAAGGAGAUGGGAAGUUUGGCAUGUAAAUUCAAGUUUUUCUAGAGUGGAAGUGCACCAGAAACAUGGUUAUCUAGCUAUAUUAUUACCACCGGUACUGCAAUAGAAUCAGACAUGUUUCGAAGGGAAAUUGCCGCUUUUGUAGAAUAUAACAUGGCAUGAUGCAGUAUCUAUCUGAAUGAAUCCACCAAUGAGAAAGAGAACUUGUAAGCAGCAGCAUACAUGCAUGGACAUGUCUAGCCCUAGGCGGCGUAGAGGUGGACGCCGACGGCGACCAUGAAGA